UAUUGCAUCCGCUGCUCUAGAUGUCAGCUGAUCUACAUCGGUGAGACCAAGCGCAGGCUCAGCUCGGUCCGCAUUAACCAACCUGAUCUCCCGGUGGCUCAGUACUUCAACUCCCCCUCCCAUUCCGAAUCCGACCACUCUGUCCUGGGCCUCCUCCAUGGCUAGAGUGAGCACCGCCGGAAAUUGGAGGAGCAACAUCUCAUAUUCCACUUGGGCAGUCUGCACCCUAGCGGCAUAAACAUUGAAUUCUCCAAUAUCCGGUAGCCCUUGCUGUCUCCUCCCCCUCUCAGCUCUCCUUCAGCCCUUGGGCUCCUGCUCAUCCCUUUUCCUUUCUUCCCCCCACCCUACAUCAGUCUGAAGAAGGGUUUUGGCCCUAAACAUUGCCUAUUUCCUUCGCUCCAUAGAUGCUGCUGCACCCGCUGAGUUUCUCCAGCACUUUUGUCUACCAGCAGCGGGCAGUUGGUGCCAGCUGGUCUGCUAGCUGUGGUCACCAUGGGUACUCCCCAUCACUUAAACUGCAGUGUCCCACAAGCACUGUAUACUGAACUGUUUGUGUUGUUUGUUAUGGUGUUUUACAGAGCACAAUGUACUAUGUUUACAUAUCCAUUGUGCUAAAGGCAAGUGAGAAUUUCAUUGUUCCGUUACAUGAUAUUGGCAAUAGAACACUCUUGACUCUAGUUAAACUGAGAGAUGGUCUAGGUCACUUUACACACGUUUACAUUGCAUUAAUUUUGCUUGUUUAAUUUAGUUUCGAGAUACAGUGCAGAGACUGGCCCUUCAGCCCACCGAGUCUGCGGUGACCAGCGAUCCCCGCACACUGGCACGACCCUACACACUAGGGGCAAUUUGCAACCAAAGCCAAUUAACCUACAAACCGUACGGCUUUGGCGUGUGGGAGGAAACCAGAGCACCCGGGAUAAACCCACGAGGUCACAGGGAGAACGUACAAACUCCGUAGAGACAGCACCCAUAGUCAGUAUCAAUCCCGGGUCUCUGGUGCUGUGAGGUCGCAGCUCUACCGCUGCGCCACUGUUUAUUAUUGAACAACUACAUGCCCGGCGAUCAAAAGUAUGCAAAUUUCCAGAUGUGUAGCAGAGUAAGCAGUCAGCCGGGUGCGGCGAUGGGAGGAAGGGUUGUGCAGUGUGCAGCUCACCCUGACCACAGACUUCCUCAGCGCACUCUGUCUGCAACGCAGGCCGUGUGUCUGUGUCCGUCUCCACGGAGGAAUUCCACGAGUCAGGCGGCAAGUGGCACAGGAAGUGUUCUGCCUUCCCUUAAAUACCAGAGUCUCGCUCUCUGAGCAGAGCAGAGCAGAGUGAUUCCGUGCUCCAGUCCGUCACAAUGCCGCAGAUACACGCAAAAUGUUUCAAAUAUUGCCUGAUUGCUCUCAACUUGAUAUUCGCGCUGCUGGGCCUCAUCAUCCUGAUGCUGGGAUUCUGGUUCCGCUUUGAUCCGAGGACGAGGAGCCUCUUUGACAUUGACGAGAAUGCCAAACGGAUCAGUGUCGGUAUCUAUGUCAUGUGGGCAGCAGGGAGUUUGCUGCUGGUCGCUGGAAUUAUUGGAUACCUGAGUGUAACUCGGCAAUACAGGUGUAUGAUCUGGAUAUACCUAGGAUUUCUGAUUCUCUUAUUUCUGAUUGAAAUGGGAGUUGCCAUCUGGGCGUUUGUGCAGAAGGAUCAGGUCAUCGAGCAACUGCAGACCACCUACAUCAAGACCGCAGCCAGCAACAACAAAGACGUUGACUUUGACUGCAUGAUCAACGCCAUACACAAAACCCUGGACUGCUGUGGUUACCUCGAUGAAUCAGGACAGCAGGCAGGAUGCAACCCCCCAGGUCAACAUAAAGACUGUGGAAAGGCCAUUGAGGAAAUCAUCAAUUCCAAACUCCACAUCUUUGCAGCCACCGCCUUUGGCAUUGCCUUGGUUACAGUCCUGGGGAUAAUUCUCACAAUCCUCUUUCAGAGAUCCCUCAAGUCAUCCCGUGUGAUUUAACCAGCGGAGAGCCAGAGUCGAGGAACAAGCGGCCUGCCAAGCUGAAGACAAGUGUAAAAACGGGCACCAAGUGCUGGAGUAACUCAGUGAGUGGAUCAGGGAGCAUCUCCGGAGAACAAGGACGGGUGAUGAUUCAGGUUGAGACCCGUCUUCAGUCCAUUCCAGAAAUGUCACCUAUCCAUGUUCUCCAGAGAUGCUGCCUGACCCGCCGAGUUACUCCAGCCCUUUGUGUCCCUUUGUAUAUUAGCCAGCAUCUGCAGUUCUUUGUUUCUAUAUGGAAGAUAAAUGUGCAUGCUUUCCAGAAUGCAAACGCUUUUAAUAUGAUUUAUUUUCCUCUUUAGUUACGUGCUUAGUUUUUGGUGAUGGAUGAGAGUUUUGGUGUGCUCUGUAAUAGUUGGGGAGGUGCUUGUUGUGAUUAUGUUGCAACCUUCCCUCCACUCAGACCGUGUUAACCAACCUGAUGGCCCAGUUGCUCCCCCUCCACUUCAACUCCCCCUCCCAUUCCCAAUCUGACCUUUCUGUCCUGAGCCUCCUCCAUUGCCAGAGUGAGGCCCAGCGUAAAUUGGAGGAACAGCACCUCAUAUUUCACUUGGGUAGUUUGCACCCCAGCGGUAUGAUCAUUAACUUCUCUAAUUUUAGAUAGCCCUUGCUUUCCCCCUCCUUCCCCUCCCCCUUCCCAGUUCUCCCACAAGUCCUACUGUCUCCACCUCCUUCCUUUCUCGUUCCCGCCCCCCCCACCACCCCCACCCGAUAUCAGUCCGAAGAAGGGUCUGAACCGAAACGUCGCCUAUUCUUUCUCUCCAUAGAUGCUGCCUCACCCGCUGAGUUUCUCCAGCCUUUUUUUGUCUACCUUGGAAAAUCUAUGCAGUGUCUCUCACCUGGUGCUAAAUUUCACCCACACCUCCUCCCACCCCCACCAAGAUCCCACCUGGAAAUGCCAUGACAUCUGGGGAAGGGCUUGACCUCGAGCUAUCCAUCACUGAAACACCACACUCAUGCUGCCCAUUGUACUUGCCUACACUAAUCCCAUUUACCCACAUUAGAGCCAGGGGCUUCACAGCUUUGCUGAAUCAAAUGCUUCAUAAGUUCAUAAGUGAUAGGAGUAGAAUUAGGUCGUUCGGCCCAUCAAGUCUACUCCGCCAUCCAAUCAUCUCUCCCUCCUAACCCCUGACUUCUCCUGCCUUCUCUCCAUAACCCCUGACACCCGUACUAAUCAAGAAUCUAUCUAUCUCUGCCUUCAAAAUAUCCAUUGACCGGUGCUGCCGAGAAGUCCAUGUAAAUGCCAUAAUUAAUAAACAAUAUACUUGUGC